AUGGCCAAUGGAUGUAGUUUAUCCCAAAAAGCUGCCGCCAUUAUCAAGACAUUAUCGAAUCAGAAUAACCUUGCAUCAAAGAACGCUUUCACAAGCAGCUGGCUCGAGUGGACAGCUAAGGUUUUGCAUCAAAAGCCAGAGCUUCCGGAAGUACCACCCGAUGCGCUAAAAUAUCAACAAUACAUAAUAAAUCCUCACGGAUGGUGGCCAAUUUUUGGAGGUGAACCAAGACGUAAAAGAAAAACUUCACCGUCAUUUCCUUCCUUUCGUAUUCCGUCGAGUUCAAAACAAAAUAAUUUGAUCCCUUCACAGUUUCCUAAACGAAGGAAAAUUCAUAAUAGCGCACAUUUUUCAUCCCCAUUCUCGUGCAAAAAUUAUCUCGCAAUUGAGUGGUUAUCUGAUCAAAGUUUUCCCUACAUCGCUACACCUCCUAGAACGACCACCUCUGCGUUGCCACAAGAAAAUUUCGCUGCGGUGACGAGUAGAGUUUUACUGGUGAGGAGGUUAAAAGCCAAACAGGGUAAUUUCCUAAGGGGUGAUGCUGCUUCUCGAUUUCGGAAGAAUAUAUUGCUUAAAGUAGCUCAAGCAUUAAAUGGGGAUCAGAGUCCUCUACCAAUUAUUGAACCACGAAUAGCAAUCGAUUCACCUGGUGAUAUAAUAAUAAAAAGACCUUGGAAGGAUGGGACAACGGAACCCUCAACCGGUACAUUUAAAGAGCUUCAAAAAUUACGGGGGUAUAGAAAUCCUGAGAUGGAAUGGAGUUCGCAAUCGGACUCCACUAAAUUACAAAAAGCACGAGAAGAAUUGUCCAAUACCAUUAAACAAGGUAUUUAA